UGGUGACAGGAAGGACCUCCUUGUUUUUGGGGGGACAGUGGGUGACGCUGCGAGCGUCCGUGGCGUGCCUCUGAGCGACUAGUUCCCAGAGUCGUCUCGGGCAGGAUAUCAAUGGAUAUUAUAAAGGGGAACUUAGAUGGGAUUUCAAAACCAGCCUCCAAUUCAAGAACACGUCCUGAGAGCAGGUGUUCAAAUACUUCUUUGGAGGUGCUCUCACCAGAGCCAGUGUCCUUAAAGAUUGAUACUGCAAUCAAGUUGAACUCUGAUCAAGAGAGCCACUCAGAAAGCAGUAAUACAGAGGGAAGUAGAAACAAUAAGGACGAUAAAGGAGAAUAUUACUCUGAGAAUAAUAUAAAACUGGCUAAAGAAGGGUCAGAUGAAGAUUUGAACUUGGUUCAACAUCAGAUAAUUUCUAAAUGUUCAGAUGAACCCAAAUUAAAAGAAUUCGAUUCUCAACUUCAAGAUGCGAUUCAGAAGAUGAACAGGCUUGAUAAAAUAUUGAUGAAGAAACAAUAUAGAGAAAAAGAAGUUAAGAAGCAAGGUCUAGAAAUGAGAAUAAAGCUAUGGGAAGACCUUAAGCUCUUCACUCUGGAAGUCUUACUGUCCAGAGAAAAUGGAUCAAAUUUUACCUGUGAUGUGGAAAGAAAUGAGUCAUUGAUCAAAGCAGAAAAGAACCCCUUCUCAAAUACAGAAAAGAUUGAGCUCAGGGGUAAACACAGCCAGGAUUUUAUUAAGCGAAACAUUGAGAUGGCCAAGAAUUCAGGGAAACCAGAGGUUAUGAUCGACAGAGAGAAGAAAAGGCUGGUUGAACUUCUGAAGGACUUAGAUGACCGAGAUUCGGGGCUGUCCAGUUCUGGGGGUGAUCUGUCUGUCUGUCUGGUCCCAGGCGAGGGAUAUACACUGGCAGUCACCCAGCAUCAGCAGCUUGCUGAAAUAGAUACAAAGCUCCAAGAAUUCUUUGCAGCCUCCCCAACAACGUUCAGCUUUUCUCCAGGACUUGGACAUCAGAAUGAUCAGGAACCUGACCAUAGUGAUGAUGAUAGAGAUACGGAAAUAACUCCAGGGGAAAAGGUACUUCGAAACACCAAAGAGCAACGGGAUAUGCAAAAUCGGCUGAGAGAGAUAGAUGAAAAGUUGAGAAAGAUGAAGGAAAAUGUGUUAGAUUCAGCAUCACUUCUCUCUGAGGAACAGUUAAGGCGUCUUCUGGAUGAAUGCACAUUCAAACAAAAAUCCAUGACUGGACUUUCUUCAGAAAGAGAAAAGGAAGACAUUGAGGAUAUGACACCUGAGUCCCCCCAGCUUUCCAGAUCUGUCCUCUCUGAGUUACUAACUGAGUCAGAAACAAAGGUCAGAAGCACCGAGGUGGGAGAUGCAGAUGUGCCCGAGAAUGCAGAAUGUGGAACAUCCAUAGGCUACUAUCUCAGCAAAGCCCUGACUGGGCAUUACGUGUCACAGGCUCUUGUCAUUGAAGCUGAGAACAUGAAAUGCCUCCAGUUUCCCCGGGACGAGGUUAUUCGUGACACAGAGGAUUAUUUUAUGUCGAAGACUCUGGGCAUUGGAAGACUGAGGAGGCCUUCUUUUUUGGAUGAUCCACUGUAUGGCAUCGAUGUGAGCCUUUUCUCUGAAGUCCAACAUCUGAAACCCAGCCCUUCAGAGAAACCAUGA